UUUUGGAAGGAUCCUCGUCGAGUGUUACGAGAUGAGCUCUCCGACCGCGUCAGUCGUUGGCCCUGCAUCCCCGACCAAGACGUCGAUGGCCACGCGUAUCAACAAUGUGAAAACCAUGGAGCUGCCCAAGGUGCUACGGCUCAUGCGCGUGUGCAACGUGGGGUGUUCGCUGCUUCAAAUCAUCGCUGGGAUCACGGGCUUGAUCAGCAUCGUCACGCUAAACAUCACGGGCGGCCUCGUCUCCGUGUACGUGAUCACGUUCGGUCUGCUCUUCCUCUUGUUCGAGUGCCGAUUAACCAGCAUGGAAACUCGCAUUCGGCGCAACUUUGGGUUCCUGUACUCAUACAAGGGACGCGCGGGGUUCAUCUUCUUCAUCGGAUUUUUGGACUUUGGGAUGAACACAACACUCGGCACGGUCGCGGGGGUUUUCAUGUGCUGCAACGCCCUCCUCAACCUGUUUAUCAUGUGCCAGCACCCCGAAUUCAAGUUGGGACACAUCAGCGCGAGUGCGGACCCCACCACGGGGUACACCACCGGCAACCAAGAGGCCGCAACCUACCUGAGUGCGAAUCCACAAGUGGCCAUGCAAGCUGGCACGUUUGCGCUCUCAGCGGUGGGGACCAAGAAGUGAUCCACUCGAUGACUCCUCGAGUGCAGCUACGCUACGUUCGCCGCGUUUUAACGAUAUCUAUACAACUCUUCAUCUUUCUCCCUGCGCUGCUAAAUGGAUGGCACAAUGUCCGAGGCCUUAUAACAGACAAAAGACGACUCGCCGAGCAAUGCAACAUCCGAGGAGCCUCUCAUAACAGGGUCGCUCCAUGUCGUCGAGGUCAAAGCGAUUGAAGUUGUGCCCUUUGCAUUCCCAUGAAUUUGCUUGAAGUGAUCGUUGUCCGCAUAAUCUAGAUCAUUAUCCGGA